GUCCAGAGAGACCAAACAGGGCAGCGUGUCCCUUUUGCAAUUCAACACAAAACACUGACGAAGCAGGAAGAAAGGACAUCUCUUUGUUGGGAGCCCAUCAGCCCCUGCCGUGGGCACCAUGGAUCUUAUCAAUGCCUUGGCCCCCUCAUCUUUGUUGAAAUCAGUCUCCAGUGCGGGCUCGGAAAUCUCCCGCCGGGUCUGGACGCCGAGCCCUCCGCCCCAGCGGCCGUUCCGAGUGUGCGAUCACAAGCGCAAUAUCCGCAAGGGACUAAUGGCCAGCACUUUGGGAGACUUACUUACCAAGGCCAGGGAGACCCUCUUGAUGUCCAGUAUGGUUUUCUUGGUGUUGGAAGAAGACGGGACCCUGGUUGAGACGGAGGAAUUUUUCCAAAUCCUGGAAGACAACACAGCCUUGAUGGUGUUAGAGAAAGGACAGAAGUGGACUCACAGCAAGAGCACCAGUCGGACGUUUGCCCUGAGCGGAGACAAGCCUCGAAACAGCCAGGAUAUCGCCCGCAUCACGUUCGACAUCUACAAGCUCAACCCUCGGGACCUUUUCGGCAGCCUCAACAUCUCGGCCACUUUCUACGGGCUCUACUCGAUGAGCUGCGACUUCAAAUGCCUGGGACCGAAGAAGGUUCUGCGGGAGAUCCUGCGGGUGGCUUCCACCGUCAUGCAAGGCGUCGGGCACCUUCUUUUGGGGGCUUCCAAUUACAUCCGCCGGCUCCUGGAGGUGGGGGACAGCUGGCACCCCCAAGUCAAGAUAACCAACUACCAAUAUUGAGGCCCUUCGUCCCUGCAAACGCCGGAAAAACCUUCCGUCUUCAGACUGGAUUGAAGGGAACCCACUUGAUUCGGGACUCAGAUUUAGAUAAGAUAACCUUUAUCGUCUUUUUUUUUUUUUUACGGUGGGCACAACGGCACA